CACACCUCAUUCGCCUAGGGAACCAGAAAAGGAUAUUACUCUACUCCCGCGCAGCUUGCUGUGUCCUACAGUGUACCUGCCAAGGUAGCUUAAUGUUAGACUGGAGCAUCCCUACAACUUACUGACAAAACAAGAAGGUCGGCUGGCGGGCAGGAGCGAGCCACGUAUUGCUGAACAGGGAAGCAGGAAAAUGAACAGGAAAAUCAGGGAAGCGCAAACAUUAUUAGUCACUAAAGAAACUCCGUAAGAAAAAGAAACAUUAGAGACAGCAGGUGUGCUUCUUGCCAGGAGAUGAACCGUGUACACUGUAUCUUUUGAAGGCGUGUUUAGUUAAUGACAAAGCAAUGGACUUAACGCUCGUGAUGAAAAAUUUCUGCAGACGUGGCGGUGUCUUUCCUUUGAUGGUGUCACUAAUUGUGAUGAUGGCGGUGAUGGCAGUUAUGAUGACGAGAGUGACCCGAGGCAGGGACGGGGAUCGUCGAGGCAUGUCCGAGAAUUCAGAGGUUCUCAUGCGUUUACAAGGACCCCUCACGGCCUCUGACCCUCGAGUGCUGGCUGUGCUCAGGUCAGCCUACCUAGUACCACCCUCCACUCUUCCCUAUAACCUCACCCUACAUAAAGACAUCCAGAGCUACUUCGCUGGUCACUCCUUCGGGUGGAAGUUCUACCACCAUUACAUUAAGCAUUUCUUUAACAAUCAACAAGGCGGUUUCUUCGUAGAGGCGGGGGCCCUGGACGGGGAAUUCCUCUCCAACACGCUGUGGCUGGAGACUGCCCUCGGCUGGACGGGUCUUCUGAUCGAGACUGAUCCAAACAACUAUCGCCAUCUUGCUUGGAAAAGGCGACGGGCCUGGCUUUCCAACACGUGUAUUACAAAGGAGGAGUACCCAAGGGAGGCUGUGUUUGAGGUUUUGACGAAAGCCUCAAGGCUCCCCACAUGGCUGUACCAUGCCAACACGCGAGAGAUCAACACCCACAACACACUCCUCCACGACGAGAUGAGCAACUCCUCGCAGCGGGCGUACACCAAGGCCCAGUGCUUCCCUCUCACCUCCUACCUGCUGGCCCUCAACGUGACACUCAUUGACUUCCUCUCGCUGGACAUCCAGGGCCACGAGUGGGGGGUGCUGCGGAGCCUGCCGCUGGACCGCCUGCGAGUGAGAAGCCUCGCCGUGGAACACCUGGCAGCGCCCAACGCUGCUCGUGGCGGUUGGAGCUUCGAUAUGACCUUCGUCAGAUAUAUGGAGGAGGUUGGCUACCACUUGGUUGAUGUGUACAAAGACAUAGACUAUUUCUUUGUCUUGCAAAGUGACGCAGCUCUGCGACGCCUUAGUGUUCCCUUGAAUGUCACUAAAUAUCAAGCAAAACAAUAAUGUUGAUCACUGUGUGUGUGUGUGUGUGUGUGUGUGUGUGUGUGUAAUUCACCUCGGUCGCCUCCUGGUCACCCAGCCAGUCUUCCCCAUUA